GAAAUUCCCGAAGCAGUCAGUGUGGUUGUGACCGUGAGUGAGUGAGGGUGUUUUGCGCGCGGUCGCCAGUGAAUACAUUGUAGUGACGUGCCAUUACCUUAGUAACAACUUCAAGAGUUGUAGCCUUUGUGCAGAGUUAAUAUUGUGGAUAGUACAGUGAAUGAAGAGGAGGCACAGGUCUCAUUUAUAAUUGGAACUACUGAGAGAGAGAGAGACCCCUGCAACCACCAGAGAAAGUAACAAGACUGGCGAUCGUUUACGGCUGUUUAGACAGAUGGCGCGCCGACGUUGAUCACGAGACCACCUGUGCCCAGAUGCUAAACAGGCGGUUCUACUGACCGGUAUGGCGAGAUAAGGCGUGACAUGGGUGAGGUGCAGUAUGGGCGUAUCCCAUUGGCUGCUCGCCCUCCUUCUGUACUACGCCGCCGUGUCCAGAGCGUCAGAGGUGCGUUACCUACGACACAGCGGUCGGCGGGAAAGCGGUGGUGAGCCUGCGGCGGGCAGCUUAGGCCUCUCCGCCGGGGUAGGCCUAGGCGGAAUCAACAACGCCACGGAGAACCCCGUCGACUUGCUUUUCGAGGACGAGGCGGACCCGAGCGCCGGCCUGAAGGAGGAGCUCGUCGUGCGCGGGCAGGAGGUGGUGUUCGAAUGCGUGGUGUCCGAGGAUGCCAAGGUGGUGGAGGGCGACGACAGCGUGGAGGGCGAGGUGCGCUGGUACCACGAUGGCUCGCAGAUUAAGGGUGACUUGCGGAUGUCGAUCAUGUGGACAGGUCGACUGGUGAUGUCUCACGCGGUGUCCGCGGACUCCGGCGUGUGGUGGUGCCGGCGAUCGGGGCGCGAGGGGCCCAAAGUGAGGCUGGUCGUCACAAUUCCCCCCGAAAGGCCGUACCUGGAGUACGGCGACGCGCGGCUGGCGGCUGGAGGGAGGCUCACAACUCGGGAGGGAAACUCCAUCACACUCAACUGCGUGGUGGAGGGAGGGAAUCCGGCUCCCUCCAUCGCCUGGGUGCUCGGCGGGGAGGACAUUUCACCCUCCAGCCAGAUGCGGAGCGAAUGGCGUGUCGAGGAAGGUGUGUUCUACAGCACCAGUAACCUGACGCUGCCCAGCGUGGAGAAGGAACUUCACAACAGCAGCGUGGCGUGCGUGGUGCGGCACCCGGCCCUCCCCGUCCCAGUUCCCGUCCCGCUGAGGCUUAAUGUUCAGUACCCCCCCGCCUUCCGGUUGAGACGGUGGCCGAUGUGGGGGACGCCGGUUCGCGAGGGCGCCAGCAUCUCCCUGCUCUGCGCGGUGGACGCCAACCCGCCCUCCAGCCCCACGUGGGUCAAAGUGACCGAGCGGGGGACGACCGAGGUGGCGUCGUCGGGCGGCUGGCUCAACCUCACGCGGGUCACGGACACCGACCGAGGCUGGUACAAGUGCGCCACAGUCCACACCUUCGGCCGCUUCGCAUCACAUUCCGUUUUCAUUAAUGUUAUGCCGGCGGGCGAGCUGCAGGUGGCGCCGCCGAGGGUGGUGGAAGUGGGUGUAGGAGAGGCCGUCCAGAUCCCUUGCAUCAGCCCCAUCAGUAACGUGCCAACGGCUGUUUGCUGGACCAAGAUCCUCGAGGGGGGCCGGACCGCCAGCGUGUCUUCCCAGAACUCUCUCCUGCUGAGGAAGACCACGUACUCGGACGGGGGCAGGUAUCGCUGCGUGGCCUCCGACGCAACGCGCACGGUCGAGUCGGAUGACGUGGAUGUGGUCGUCACUGGUGCGCCCGUAGUCGAGGCGGCGAACUCCACGGUGCUUUCCAUCGGGGCGGCCCACAGCCCUCACCGCCCACGUCUGCGGCCGCCCAUCGGUGUCCACCCUCACCUGGCUUCCCCCCGCCCACCUCCCGCCCGUGAGAGCUGGCGAGACGAAGGACAGAUUCAAAGCCCACAACCUCACGGCGUCCGAAACCCCCGAUUGCCAGUACGCCGUGAUGACCAUCGUGGGCGUGCGGGCGAGCGACGCCGGCAACUGGGUCCUCGUGGGCGUGAACGACCGGGGGGCGAGCGCUGCCCUCAUCCGACUCAACAUCACCGCCGCCGCCCACUCCGUCACUGCCAACGGCGCCCGUGCUAUGACCCACACCCACGCCCACUCUGCCGCUACCCAGGCCUUCCUAGCUGCUGUUCUUAUCCUUUUUUACGCCGCCCACGGCCGCUUAUGGGCGUGAAGUGAAAGGUGACGUUAAGACGAAAAGUGUACCUCGUGUUAUUGAAGAAAAAUAUACUGUGAUAAAAGGGCGUGUUUGAGUGGCGAGCCUGUUGUCAGGAAGAGGCGGGAGAGCGAAGGGAGGGAGGGAGAAACAAGGAGGGAGGAAAGCUGGAAGGAAGAAUAAAGGGGGGGUGAAAGAUGGAAGAAAAGA